AUGCCUCCCACACCGAUGCCCGACGCUCGCGACGCCUCGCCGCCCCGCGCCAGACAACCGCUCGUCCCGACCGUCAAGGCGUUUGUGGUCCGCUGGGUUGCUCUCAACUGGCUUGACUGCCUCUGCAUGCUUGUCCUUGCCGGCGUCACCUUUGGCGUUUACCACUCGCCCGUCCCCGUGACGCGGACGUUUCCCAUCACCUUCAACGGCUCCGGGGACAUCAUCUUUCCCGAAUGGGCGUAUCCGUAUCGUGGCUGGAUCGUCCCAUCGUGGGCGUCGGGCGUCGCCUCCAUCGGCGGACCCAUCAUCGUCUAUGUCGCAGCGCAGGUCCGUAUCAAGUCGAUCUGGGAUGCCAGCUGCGCCAUCAUGGGCUCCAUCUGGGCCGUGCUGCUCGCAUCGCUCUUCCAGGUCAUCGUCAAGCAGCUUAUUGGGGGCUUCCGGCCUUACUUUCUCGAUGUUUGCAUGCCCGACCUCUCCCUCGCCUCGAGAAACGAGACGGGCCUCAACGCCGUCGGCUUCCAAAAGAUCAUGUACACGACAGAGGUGUGCACGCAGCCCGACGCAAUGAAGCUCAAGACGGCCAUCACGUCCUUUCCUAGCGGCCACUCCACCGCCACCUGGGCCGGCUUUGGCUUCCUCUUCCUCUGGAUGAACGCCAAGCUUAAGGUCUGGGCCGACCACCGGCCCGCCUUUUGGAAGCUCUCCCUCACACUGCUGCCGGUGCUCGUGUCCGUCUGCAUUGCCUGCUCCCUCACCAUUGAUGCCGCCCACAACUGGUACGACAUUGUCGCCGGCUCCGUCAUUGGCGCCGUCAUGGCCCUCGCCGCGUACCGCGCGUCGUACGCGGCCGUCUGGGACUGGCGCUUCAAUCACAUACCACUGCAGCCCAAGGAGGCCUUUCCAUACAGCGGCAAGGGAGACGCCUACCUCGCCGCGCACACCUUUACACGCAGCGUGGGAUGGGGGGCGAGGCGCGAGAGGCCGGGCCCGGGCAUGGACAGUGCGAGGAGCAGCGGCGCUUUUGCUCACCCGCGUGGGGAGGCCCAACGCGUGGGAGACGAGGCUACCGGGGGUGAGGGGAAUGGAAGAAGCAAGAGGCAACCGCUGACAAUGGAGGAAGCUGUGUGA